GUUCAUCUGUACCGGACUUCAAUAUCCACUACAACCGUAUGGACUUACUGGACAUUGGUUUCCAGCAGAAAAUGACGGUUUGUAGCGAUUUCCAUCGCAUGCACAACAUUCCAGACGAGAUAGCGAGACCAGCGGGGUCUCCGUGGAUUGUUAUCGGAAGCAAAGCGAAGGAGGCGGCGUCGGGAGCGGAAGCAAAAGCGAGGCUGCAGGCAGAGCCGGCCUGUUGACUAAGCUCAGAAAACAGCCACUCAAAUCUCCACUGCUAAGCCUUUACCUCUCCAACGCCAGAGACGGACGAUUUGGAAUUACAGCUGGAAUUACCUUAUUCUAUAAUCGGCUGCUUUCUGAGGAUGUGAAGACAGGGUCAAUGUCAAGUGGAAGCUUAUCAAGUGUUGUGGGACACGUCAUUCCCACAGACCAAGAGAACAGAGAAUUCCCAAAGGAGGAGCCUGAAGAUGAAGACUACCUUUACUGUGAGCACUGCAGGUCCUUCUUUACCAAUGAGUGUAAUGUUCAUGGUCCAGCUGUCUUUGUCCCUGACACUCCUGUUCCUAUGGGAGUCGCUGACCGAGCCAUACAAACCCUUCCACAAGGUCUAGAAGUUCGAGAGUCUAGUAUUCCUGAGGCAGGCCUGGGUGUCUUCAAUAAAGGCGAGAUUAUUCCAGUUGGUGUGCACUUUGGACCCUAUGAGGGAGAUCUGGUAGACAAAGAGGAAGCUAUGAACAGUAACUACUCUUGGGUGAUAUACAAAUAUAAUCAAAGUGAGGAAUACAUAGAUGCCAAGAAAGAGACACAUGCUAACUGGAUGAGGUAUGUGAAUUGCGCUCGUAAUAAUGAAGAGCAAAAUCUUGUGGCAUUCCAGUAUCAAGGGAGAAUUCUAUAUCGCUGCUGUCAAAACAUUAAACCAGGACAGGAGCUCUUGGUGUGGUCUGAAGAGGAGCAUGCUAAAGAUUUUGACAAAAUGAACAGCAUUCUUUUGCAAGUCAUCUCUUGCUCCUUGCAUCCACUCUGUGAUAAAUCUCAAAUUUAUGUACGCAGACGUAUUAGGAGAUGCCAGUAUCGCAAAUAUGAGCGAACACAGGAAUCCACAGAGAUUAAAUGUGCAGAGAAUCCAAUGGCCACAAGGAGCCCUGAUAGUCGGCAUGUAUCUGAUAGCACUCUUCACCUUAAGUUUCGCAGACGUAUGCAGAAGGAAAUUCACCAGUGCUCAGACUGUGAAAAGAGUUUUCCUCAUUUAAGUCAUCUCAGAGAACACCAGCGCAUUCACACAGGAGAGAAGCCCUAUCGGUGUUCACAGUGUGGGAAGAGUUUUAAUCGAGCGAAUCAUCUUCAAGCACACCAGCGCAUUCACACAGGCGAGAAGCCAUAUCACUGCUCACAGUGUGGGAAGAAUUUUUCUGAAUACACUACCCUCCGACGCCACCAGCGUAUUCACACCGGAGAGAAACCGUAUCACUGCUCAGAGUGCAGAAAGAGUUUUCGUCAAGGGACUCAUCUCCAACGCCACCAGCGCGUUCACACAAGAGAGAAGCCGUAUUACUGCUCACAGUGUGGGAAGAGCUUUAGUCGAGAGAGUACUCUUCAAGAACACCAGCGCAUUCACACCGGAGAGAAACCGUAUCACUGCUCACAGUGCAGAAAGAGUUUUCGUCAAGGGAGUCAUCUUCAACGCCACCAGCGCGUUCACACAGGAGAGAAACCGUAUCACUGCCCACAAUGUGGGAAGAGUUUUAGUCGAGAGGGUGCUCUUAAAGGACACCAACGCAUUCAUACAGGAGAGAAGCCUUAUCAGUGCCCACAGUGUACAAGGAGCUUUACUCAUCAGAGUAAUCUCCAAGUACACAAGCUCAUACACACAGGGGUGAAGCCAUAUCACUGCUCACAGUGUGGGAAGAGUUUUCAUAAGAUUGGGAAUCUCAAAACACACCAGCGCAUUCACACAGAAGAUUAACCAUGUUUGUGUAAAACCAGUGCUUAUUUUGUUGACAGACAUUUACUUGUACUAGAGCAUUACAGACACACACAACUAACACUAACAAGGCCAUUGUUGUCAUCAGCUGUCCAUUGCUAGCGAUGAUGACUGCUUCAUUAGGAUACGCAGAUAGGCCGUGAGGCCUGCACCAGAGCCAUCUGCAGUGGUGGCACGAAUGGCCCGGCCGAGCUGCCAUGGAAUGCCUGGCCUCAUGAGCUCUUGUGUACUAUUCUCCUCUCCUUAUAAAGUGCCUUGCACAGUAAGGUAAGACAGAUGAUUUUGUGCCCCCACUGUGUUGUCUCUCUGGACCUCCAGACCUGAUGCCAAGUGGUGCCCAAAAGUGCCACAGACCUGACUGGUAUGGAAGUUGCCCCACAGUAACAACUGACUUGCUGAGUGAUGCCAUCCAUUGGCCAUUUGAGUGGCUCUUCUGCAUGCCAUCUGGUGGUGUGCCAUUGACCCUGUUGGCUUCAUCUGCUACAUUGCACUGAAAAGCGCCCUGCUGCCAGCAUCUUACUGGUGAUGUAUUAUGUAACCCAUAGCUGGAACCCAGGCAGGUGUUACCACUCCAGGUCAGAGCCAACCUGGGAGCAAUGGUGAUUAAGGGGUAACUCCACUAACAAGGCUGUUGUAAUGUGAAUUGGUCACGUCAAGGAACUAACAAUAUCAGUUUAAAUGUUAAUUGUAAAAUUUUAAGUUUUAAAUUCUUUGAUGUGAUGGUAAAUUGAAUGAAUAUUAAAACCCCAAAUCAUAAAAUGUUGACAGUAUGGUAAAAUUGAAAUUAAAAC